AUGAGAUGUUCGCCUUAUCCAUUCAUCUUUUCCAUUCAUUUUUUAGAAACAUUCAAACAAACCCCUAAUAGUAAAAUUCUUACUUUUUGGUCUCAAGAAAAAUAA